AUGAUUAAAAGAUCAUCCGUACAAGAGCAUGGAAUGAUGAUGCUAUCUCUAGUGGAGAAGCUCAAAGUCCUCCAGGCUGAUUUUGAGAAGGAAGAAACAUACGUUAAUGUGAUCCUGCAAUCACUAACUUCCUCUUUUGAUCAAUUUGUUAUCAACUACAACAUGAAUGGACUUGAAGAAAGCCUUAAUGAGUUGAUUAAUACAUUUGUCCAAUACGAGGCAACAAUUAAAAAAUCUGCAUCGUCAAUACUAGUGGGAGAGGUUUCAACCUUUAAAGCAAAGGGCAAGGUUGCUAGACGAGAGAAGAAGAAGAAAGAUGAGACGUCUUCUACUGCUAGCACUUUAAGUGCUCCUGUUACACCGUUAGGCGGGGGUCAGUCAAGGAUUCUGAAUGAUAUUUGCAUCUAUUAUCGAGAAAAGGGCUAUUAA